AUGUCGGAAGUGAAAAAGAGAAAGGUAUAUUCAGCACCAUCCGUCAAUGUGGAUUACCGUCUUGUUGAACAGCUAAAUCAAAUACAGUCGAGCACUGACAACUUGGAGCUGAUAUUCCAUUUGAUACAACGAGGGGAUUUGGCCAGAGCAUUGCCCAUUUGGUCAUAUUAUUCUUCAACUAACAAUCACAAGGAAUUUGUUGACAUAACUAACAAGUUGAACCAUGUGUUGCAUAAAGUCAUUGAAAAUAAGGACAAUUUUUUACCAGUACGACAGGUCAUCAUCGAUAUCGCCAAGGACAUAUUGAUUAAUUACACUCGCGUCACUUAUCGUGCGUUGAGCAGUUUAAAACCUUCAUCAACCAACCCAACUAUUAGAUUAAUAGACCAUUUAAUCAUCUACGAUUCAACAAUAGCACAAGAAUUUCUCAAUAGUUUUGAUUUGACACUCCCGGCUUUACCCAAGUUGAUGACACCAAGUAAGAUUGAAAUUGAAGCCGGCGAAGUAAACGAUGCGUUUUCAAUAAGAUCGAAUUUUAUGAAACUAUGGAUUGAUUUGUGUUCCAAUGUUGCCUAUUACCAUCGGUUGGAUUUAUUAACUAACCACCUAAAGAUUGUUAAAAACAUAUGGAAGUAUUUACAAUACGACACUAUUAACCUGUUGCAGCAUUUGAUACAAUUUCUAAACGACAAAUUGCUCGACGAACACAACUUUAAGAAAGCACAAAAGUGUAAAAUACUCAAUGAUAGUUUUAUGUACAAAGCUAACAUCUUGUUCAACAAAAUUAAAGAACCGUUUUUUCUUGAUUUUAUGACAAAAGUGACUACAGAUUUUAAGAAUGGAUUAGUAUUUGCCAAUGACAAAUUGUGGACUCAGAACUCGGAUGUCGGUGUAAUUGUUGAAGUUAAUAACAAGAAAUUCAAGGUGGCCAAUAAAUUGCUCUACACGUUAUUGACAAGUUUGAAACCGACAGAUUCAAACAAGCAAUUGCAGUUUAUUGUCAAAGUAUUAUCGCAUUGUCAGGAAUUAGUCUCACCAUACAUGAAUUACCUUGUUCAACAUGGUGGUGGCUACCAUGAUCCGUCGUUGACUUCUUGGUGGAUUUCUCAUACGUUGUUGUACACGAACGUAUUACAGAUACCAGUGCCCAAAUUUGACACAAACAUUGAGUUUAUCAAGUUCGAUUUCAGAUCUAUUAUUGAAAGCAUAGUUUUUGCGCCGUUGCUGAAGGGAGCAUUGGUAGAAGGAUUGUCUUCGAAAACAGGAUUGACAGUGCAAUUGACUUUACAAUUGAUUCUUUUCAUUUUAAAGCGAUUGGAGCAGGUUAUUGAUGCGAUCAAUCUGAGACAGGAAUUGAUCGGUCUUGCAUUUAGCCAAUUGCCGGAUGUCACAUUGAUUGCCCAGCAACUUUCUACCCAGCCAUCAAAACUUACCCAUUUAACCGCAUUGACGAUUAUCAACAAGUAUAAAACUUUGGUGCCAUCUUCACUCAAUAAGAGCUCACUACAAAAGCUUAUUGCAACUGGAGUUUCUGAUAUCGUUUCCAAGUCAGAAAUGUCUAACCAUGACUUGUCAAUGCUUGACCUUUAUAUGAAUUUACAAAAUCAGGAUUUCAAAUGGUGGAACAAGAAUAAUGGCGCCAAUUCAUUCUACACGUCAUUGAUCAAGUUGGCUUCAAAGUCUACCAUCACCUCAAAUUUUGCUACCAAGAUCUAUCACCUACUCAAUAGACUAUCAAAAGACAAGAUGUUUUUUAAUCAAAAUUUAUUGGUUACUCCAAUAAUGGCAUUGAUUUACUCGUUGGAUUCGGAAAUGACCCCCGAGUUUUGGAACAUGUUUGAUGAGGUUGUGGCGCGAUGUGUACGCAGUCCGUACAAAUACCUCGAUGUAGCGCAUGACAAGUACCAAGACGAAAGUAUAUUUGUGGUGGCGAUGUUUGAACAAUUUAAAUUUUUGUUGAACAAGGGCAGCGAUGAGAAGUACUUGAAGUGGUUGUUUAAGUUUUUAAAGUAUUCAAUCGUAUUUGGCGAAGAUAAGAAGGUUAUGGCUUCCCUUGUCAGCCAAUUAGGUGUGGAUGAUUUAGUCGAUAAGUUAGGCUUGAACCAACUGCUAGCAUUUGUGACAUCCCUGGCAACUAGCCAAGACUCAUCGAUUAUGGAAGCGGUUUACAAUUCAUCAGUCAAGGACUUGGCGAAAAAGCCAAACGCGAUUGAAAAGAAGUUGAUUUCGUCAAACUUGGACUAUUUGGCCGUGUUGUCACUAAUAACCAUGGUUCUUAACAAACAGGUUCCGGCAACACUGUUGAUCACGAUGUUGUUUUCUAAACUUUGGAGUUUCUUGAUGAAUUCAAGCCAAGAAGCCAUUGAUUACUUUACUUCGGAAAUGACCUGGGGUAAGCUAUUCCAGGGCAAUACUGGAAACGAUGAGACUAAGUUGGUAAUUAAACUAUACGGAGAAACACUUAAGGUUGUUCCAAAUUUUAGCUCUACUUCGUUGUCAAGGUUUGUGUUUGACAAAUUGUCGAGUGGGAAUGUUGACUUUAUUGAUUACAUGUGGUUGUUAGAUGCGACUCAAUUGAACCAGUUGUUGAACACUUCAGAUGGAAUGCUCUUUGAGCUGGCAGUAGUUUCUUCUGCUGACAAAAAUAUCAAGCUCACUUUUGUCCAAUUUUGGAAAUUAUUGAAAUCAGAGGGGAGAGAUAGAGUUGAUUUACUAACUGGGUUACUCGAUUCGAAUUUGGUUAUGAUGACCAAUUUCGAGUUGGCUAAAGUUGUCGACGAGGUUGUUUCUCAGCCAAGUGAUUACGGCUUAUUGUCCGUCAUUAUUAAAAAGUCCAAUAGUGUAGCUGCUCAGUUGUUGGAGAAGAGCUUACAAGAUGAUGCUUUGAAUUGCUUGAUUGUGUCGUCGAUGCUUGAAAGUGGUAUGGAUGUUCCUCCAGCAUACACGAAAUUGGUCAUGGAUGUCAUACAGCGAAAGUUGGAUUCCAAUUCAGUCGAGGAGUCAUCGUGGAACCAAGUUUUAAGCAUAUUGUCGGCUCAAGAAACCAUAGAUCCAAUCACAGCCGAGAAAGUGCUACAACAGAUUACUUUUAAACAGACAACCAAUGCCGUAUUUAUCCAUUUCGUGAUAAAGUUUCCUCAACAUGACAGUAUCUCCACCUGGCUACACAAAUCGAUGCUUUAUAUCACAAAGAGUUUUGCCGAGUCAGACCUGCUUUCUGACAAGUUUGAAUUGUUUGUCAACCAUAUUGGCGAUUACAUACUAGAGACAAACAUUUGGAGCGUAGUCCCGGCAAGUAUAUUAAACACACAAUUGGAAGUCAUUCUUCAAUCCAAAUUCAUCAAUAAGAACUAUUUGAAAUACGUGAUCAAAUUAUUGCUUGUAUCACCAAAGAACAAGAUUGAUUUCCAAAAACUUUUCCAAAUCGCCUUGACUUCAUCGACGUGCUUGGAUGGUUUGCCAAGUGAGCAGAAUGCAUCUUUACGAUACUUUUCGGCUUUGAUUAUCUACAUUCUUUACAAUUUCGAUCACCUGAAGUUGUCCAACUUGAUUAGCCUCAAGACCGUUUUGGAGAAGUAUCAAGGGUUGAACCGAUGUGAGGAUUUGUUGCUAAAAUUUGUGUUGCAAAAAAUGGAGGCAAAGGUUUCUGUAUCUUGGAUUACAAUUGUAUCCAAUUGGGAACUAUCAGAAGAGCUUGUUGGUGACGAGUUGUCUUUAGUUGAAAUGGACAAGUUGAUUACAAAGCAAAAUGAACAGCUUACAGUGUCGUUGAACAAGGGGAUUAUCCAGAAUUCUUUGCACAGCUUGGAGAUGAAUCUUCCCAGGUUCGGCAAGGGCGUUGAAUUCUGGCACCAAAUUGAAGCAUUAGAGCGGGAAAACUCGUUACAAUCAACCAACCACCUUGCUUAUGAUUGUGAGUUUCUAUACAUGAUUAUAUUAAACAAUGAUGAGCUUUUAAAGUAUACCAAACAGGAAGAUGCCAGUGUGGUGUAUUCGUUCAAUAUCAAGAAUUUAAUUGAUACAGGAGUUUUGCAAUUUAUUGUUGCCAACUUGUCCAACACAAAAUACGCUUCGAUUGCCAAGAUUAUACUCAACAAGAUCUUGACAUCGAUUGAUGACGAGGCCAAUGCCCAUUUCAAGGAUAAGAACAUCUUUAGAGUUUACUUGUCGACAAUUUGCUUUACCUUGCAGCAGCAACAAGAGAUUCCCAAAUUGAUUUGGUUUGUUUAUUCUCAAUUUGUGCCCAUACUAGCUAACCCGGGCCAUUUCUUGUACGAAUUGGCUUUCCGCUAUGUUCUUGCUCACCCUAGUUUGAACAAAUGGGAUAUUCCAUUGUACAAUGCAAUCACACACCCGUCGGAGUCAACCGAAUGGUUUUAUCGUCAAUUGAAUUGGAUUAUUGAACAAAUUACCAAUGGACUUUGCACAACUGGCGAUUUAACUCUACUUGUGAGGAAUGUCAUUGAAUCGGUGUUGAAUUUACUCAAUUCAAAGACAUUGAAUAUGAAAUUGAAAGUGUCCAUUUUGAAGCUUGUCUACAAGAUACAAAGUAUUGAUCAGGGGUCUGAUUUGUUGAUUACGCGAUUUGGCAUUUUGUCCUAUUUGGAAAUGAUGAGUAGCGAGUUGAAAGAGGCGAACGUGUUUGAUCAACAGUUGAAGGUGAAUUUGAUGGAAAUAUUGAGUCGGUUUGAAAUUAGUGUUGGUCGAAGUGGUAGGGUCAUUGAUUGGACUGGUGAACAACUUGAUGACAACAUAAGGAGGAUCUAUGACAAUUUGGUCUAG